GUGACACAUUUCAUCAGUGUUGCAAUUUUCGUUGUGUGGCACACACCUCUCCACACUGUGAUCACAGAAAGCCCUCCAGCAUCCAGACCCUGACAGUGCCCCCCCCCACCCCUCUGUAGCACCACCCUUCGCUGGAAGCUUCCUGUUCGGCUUUCUGAUGCUCAGAUCUGCUCGCUUCUCCUCGGAGCAGGAAGGAAGAUGCCGAGGCUGAGCAGAGGCACCUGGAUGCGCUUGGUUCUGCGGAUCGCUGUGCUCUGUGGCAGCGGUGUGUGUGCUGGAGAACGGUACGCUGAUGCCGAUGAAGGGGAUUCUGGGUCAGAAAGUGUGUUCAGGGCAAGGUGUGUGUCCCGCUGCCUGAGCCUGCACAGCGUGGCUGCACCCCUCACUCCCCUGCAGGGUAAUGGAUCGCUGGGUUGGUGCCGUAGUAACAAACCCUGCUCACAGUGCCUGGAGCCAUGCAUGCAUGACUGGAAGGUGAAGAAGAGAAGCAACUGUAGAGAACUUUGUGAGCAGCUAUUUCAGAGGAAGCAGUGGGAGUGCGUGGCCAGUUGCCACUUCCUCCACUCAGUCCUGGCAGCGAAGCAGGGCCGCUGUCCGCCACCAGAGGGAGCCAGUGGGUUCGCAGCUGCGUGCAUCGAAAGUUGUGACCAUGACAAGGAAUGCUCUCUGCAGAAGAAGUGCUGCUUCAAUGGUUGUGGACACACCUGCCAGCCUCCCACAGACCUAUACAAGGGCGUUCCUCUGAAACCAAAGAAGGACCUGAGCUUUGAGGAAUCUCCCUCUGGGCGCCUGACCGUCGGCUGGUCGUCCCGUUUGAACGUCUCUGCUCAGCCAGUGGUCUACAUUCUGCAGAGGAGGUGGAACUUUGGCGUUCGGCCCAGUGAGGACACCGCCACCCACUGGGAGGAAGAGACUCAGACCACAGAGUUGGGGGCGAGUCUGUCUGACAGCCGGCCUGGUCGUUGGUACCAGUUCAGAUUGGCGGCUGUAAACCUCCGUGGGACCAGAGGUUUCACCACUCCAAGCGAACACAUCCGCUCUAGCAGAGACCCCUCCGCUCCACCGGCCCCGUCUGAGCUGAGAGUUGCCGGCAUGAACUUUGGCCCCGGCAGACUAGUGAGAGCGAGGGUCGUCUGGGACGUUCCGACAGACCUGGAUGUUCCCGUCCACCACUACAAGGUCAGCUGGAGCUGGACAGCAGCUGGACACUCGUCCAUGACCAAGAGGGGGAAGACAGUCAGAGAGAACCAGGUGGAGCUGAGCAGCAUGAGGUCCGACAGGAAGUACAGCGUGGAGGUCCAAGGUGUGUCCCAGUGGGGCCAAACAGAGCUCAAGGGUCCUCCAGCUCUCCUCCAUUUCAUCACCCAGAAGAGUAAGUCUCCAGACAAACCACGUGACAAAGCAAACUCUUGUCUUUGCGCACACGUUUUUCCGUGUUUUAACGGAUUUCUCGUGUUGGCUGUUGACGCUUUCGGUCCUGCGCCACCACGUCCCACAGGCGCCGUUCUGGACGUCGGGACUCCGUUCUACCAGGACGGCCAGCUACGUGUUCGUGUUUGCUGGCAGACCAGUUCAGAUCCUUCGGUUGAAUUCUACAAACUUCACUGGGGACCCGAAAGCUGCACACACAACCUUACCAAGCCCACGGAGAAGACCAGAACAAGGAAGAACUUUGUCAGGCUGCAAGGUCUGCUCUUCAACUGCAAGUACAAAGUGGUUCUGCAGCCAGUCAGCUCAAAGAGCCGUCCUCCAGCAGAAAGCUCCAGUUUCUCAACUCCUUCCUGUUCCGGCAUCCAGGCUAAGAGCCCCAAACUCACCCACUGUCCUGGAGAGGCGGCUGAGCCGCCAGAGUUCAUCCGCAUGAAGGUCGUUAACCUGACGGCGUCGUUUCGAGCUCACCGUGACAACGUGUCGGCCAUCUUCCGCUGGGAUUUGGCCACGACUCUUUCCAACCAGCAGCUGCUUGGUUACCAGGCGACAUGGACGGAGGUUGCUUCGCCCAGACGCCACAGCAGCAGGAAGUUACCUCACAGCCUGAUCUCUCAGUCUCAGAUCUUACCUCCGGACGGUAACGUUCUGAUUGUAUCAGGCUUGCAGCCCGCCAGUGUGUACCGCCUGGAGGUUCGGGUCAUCUCAGCCGAGGGCGAAGGCCCUGCAACCAGCCGCACCUUUCAGACUCCUGGGCACCAGAGCAUCCCAAAGCAAAUCAGGAUUCCGGCUCGGGAACGAUCGCCGCACUAGUCCAAGUCCCUGCUAGUCUCCGAGUCCCAGCCUGCACAGCCUCAACCCCCUAACGUAGCAACAACGAAGACCUGACUGAGUGAAGAAGGAGGAUUUCAGGAUUCGGCCGAAUCAACUGUCGAGCAUGGUGGUCGGUAUUUCAAAGUUUCACGGGGUUUAACCUUUCAGCUCAAAAUCAUCUUCAUAUUUAUGGGACUCCACAGCCAACCGGUUCCUUACAUUUACAUAACGAGAUAAGGAACAAAGUCUGAAAAAUCAAAUAUGUUACCUUUUUUCGUAUUCUUACCCAAAACCUGCAAAGUUUUAAACAGAAAUGUCAGACUUCUGAAAAAUGCGUUCAUUAUUUAUUUAUUUAUGUAUUUAUUGCAGUCAAUACUUGGUGGGAUCUUCUUUUGCACAAAUUGCUGCAUGACUUCAGCCAAGCAUGGAGCAGAUCAGCCUGCGAUGCCACUGAGGUGUUCUGGUUGAUUUUUUUUUGCCUUUUUGUUCUCCCCGUAAGCCAUAAUCACCAAAAUUAGACAAAAUAAAAACUUGCAAAAAAAAAAUAUAUCGAGAAUAAUGAAUCUGUGUUUCUUUCAUAGAUUCAUUGCUCAAAAAUAUUAAACUUCUACACAAUAUUUGAAUUUGUGUCCAGAAUGUGAUCUUGGAGCGAACGUUUAAUAAAUAAUCCAGGAGCCACGGUGUGUAUUUAUGUCCAAUCUUUGCUUUUUAUAAAGCAUAAAUACAGCAAAGAGGAUUUUGACAACAGAAGAAAUGAAAUGAAUACAUAAAAUAGGAAGACGAACACAAAAUAUGAAAUGACCGUAAAUGUGUGAAAACGCAGCAAAGCUGGGUGAUUAUGCCAGACUGGUGAUAAAACAGAUUUUUGUUUCUGACGUAACUGUUCUGUAGUGUUUCUUAGUUAGACAUGAAUGUAUGAAUAUUGGAUACAACCAGUGACUCAGCGGUCUCCAUAGUAACCAGACAGAAAACCAUUAGGAUGUGUUGCCGCUGAUUGGAGCUUUCAAACCUGCAGCAACGGAUUGAUGCUAAAAAUGUCAAUUUAAAGCAAAUUCUGGUUCUGACAUGUGGAUGAAGAAGGUCCAACCUCAAACUAGCUUCAGUUGCCGGUGCGCGUGUCGGUGUGUGUGUGUGUGUGUGUGUGUGUGUCUGUGUGUGCAUGCUGGUACGUUUUCAUAAAUUGUGUUUUUGGAGCAAAUGUCCCCCCUGUUGUAAAAUCCAGGAAGCCAUCUGUAGAUCGUGCGUCGCUCCGACACCGUAUGAAAAGCCUGUUCGUGUUGUUUGCAAAUAUCUCAAAGGUUUUUGAACAUAUAAAAGUCGUUCUGACUCCUGGAAACAUGUAGCCUGGGUGAAAAUGCUGCUUUUCCAUCAGAAGUCAAUUUUAUGCGCCGAUAUGAA